GAGUUUAUUUGCCUUAUUCAUAUAUAACUUCUUGCUGAGUUGAACCAAACGUAUAUACUCGAAACAAUGGAACUCAGCUGUGUUCAAUUUCUUCGAAACAAGACGAUACUUGUCACCGGCGCUACCGGUUUCCUUGCCAAGGUAUUUGUGGAGAAAAUUCUGAGAGUACAACCAAAUGUGAAGAAGUUGUACCUUUUGGUGAGAGCAUCGGACAACGAAGCUGCGACUAACCGCUUACGCACAGAGGCUUUCGAAAAAGAUCUUUUUAAGGUGUUGAGAGAGAAUCUUGGCGAUGAGAAAUUGAAUAGAUUGUUGUACGAAAAAGUUGUCCCGGUCCCAGGUGAUAUCGCCACGGAUCAUUUAGACAUAAAUGACUCCGAUCUUAGAGAACGUAUGCAAAAUGAAAUUGAUAUUGUUGUCAAUGUUGCAGCCACAACAAACUUUGACGAAAGAUACGAUGUUGGCCUUGGGAUCAACACAUUUGGAGCUCUCAACGUCCUUAACUUUGCCAAAAAAUGUGAUAAAGCUCAAUUGUUUCUCCAUGUCUCUACUGCUUAUGUUUGUGGAGAAAAGGCGGGUCUCCUACCUGAGAGACCAUUCGUCAUGGAAGACAUUCGUAAGGAGAACGGUUUUCAGCUGGAUAUAAAUCUUGAAAGGGAACUGAUGAAGCAAAGAUUGAAAGAACUCAAUGAACAAGAUUGUUCGGAAGAAGACACUACGCUCGCCAUGAAAAAACUUGGAAUGGAAAGGGCAAAGCUUCAUGGAUGGCCAAACACAUAUGUUUUCACCAAAUCGAUGGGAGAGAUGCUUCUUGGUAACCAUAAAGAAAAUCUUCCUCUCGUCAUCAUCCGUCCUACCAUGAUCACUAGCACUUUUUCAGAACCAUUUCCCGGUUGGAUCGAAGGGUUAAGAACCGUAGACAGCGUGAUUAUCGCAUACGGAAAGGGAGUGCUCAAGUGUUUUCUUGUCGAUGUAAACUCAGUUUGCGAUAUGAUACCAGUGGAUAUGGUUGCAAACGCAAUGAUCACGGCUGCAGCCACACACGCUGGAGGUUCAGGGGUUCACAUGGUGUACCAUGUCGGUUCAUCUCAUCAGAACCCAGUGAAAUUUGGAGAGAUUCAUGAGAUUGCGGUUCGUUACUUCACCAAAAACCCUUUGCGUAGUCGCAGUACAGGCUCGCUCAUAACCGUCUCCAAACUGAGGUUCAUAUCAACCAUGGGUUUGUUCAGCCUCUACAUGACCUUACGUUACAAACUACCUCUCCAGUUAUUAAAAUUGAUUGAUAUAAUAUACCCUUGGAGAAAAGGAGAUAAAUACGGAGACAAGAACCGUAAAAUAGAGUUGGUGAUGAGAUUGGUAGAGCUUUACGAGCCUUACGUACUCUUCAAGGGCAUAUUCGACGAUAGAAAUACUAAGAGUUUAUGCGCCAACCAAAAGGAAGAGGAGAGCCAAAAUUCAGAAAAAAUGAUGUUUGAUUUCGACCCAAAAGUCAUUAACUGGGGAGAUUAUCUCACAAGUAUACACAUUCCUGGUCUCAUCACUCAUGUGCUUAAAAAAUAAAACCACAUGCAAAAAAAUUUAUUAAGUUCUGCAUGUAUCAUUAAUAAGACACUCUCCCUGAUGGGAAAAAAAUAUAUUUAUUUAUUUGUACUGUAAACGUAAUUCUUUAAAAAUAAAUAUAAUUUCUGCUUUUCCAUCAAUGGAAAGUACUAUUUAUUUGAUAA